UACAAAUAAUUAAAGAAGAAAGAAGAAGAAAUAUUGAAAAAUAGAAUUGGCAACACGCAAAACGUAAAAACUGGUGUAAUAAAAUAAAUACUUCAAAUUAAUUUGAACGUAUUAUUUUGGUGUUUUCUCCGUUGUUAAUAAUAAAAUGUGAUCUAUUUGAAAAAUUUCUUAAUUUGUUAACAGUAAGUGAACGAUUAAUAAAUAUGUCAGAAGCUGUAAAACCGGGGGUCCAACCUCUGGUAAAAAUCGGCCACUAUAUUUUGGGCCAAACCCUAGGAGUGGGCACUUUUGGUAAAGUAAAAAUAGGCGAACAUCAACUUACUGGCCAUAAAGUAGCCGUUAAGAUAUUGAAUAGACAGAAAAUAAAAAGCUUAGAUGUCGUUGGAAAAAUCCGUAGAGAGAUUCAGAACCUAAAACUUUUUCGACAUCCUCAUAUUAUAAAAUUAUACCAAGUUAUUAGCACUCCUACCGAUAUCUUUAUGAUUAUGGAAUACGUUUCUGGCGGAGAAUUAUUUGAUUAUAUUGUAAAACAUGGAAAAUUGCAAGAACAUGAAGCUCGCAGAUUCUUCCAACAGAUUAUCUCUGGAGUUGAUUAUUGUCAUAGACAUAUGAUCGUUCAUCGUGAUUUGAAGCCUGAAAAUUUGCUCCUAGAUCAUAACAUGCAUGUUAAAAUUGCUGAUUUCGGUUUAUCUAAUAUGAUGAUGGAUGGGGAAUUUUUGAGAACAAGUUGUGGGUCUCCAAAUUAUGCUGCACCUGAGGUAAUAUCAGGUAAACUAUAUGCUGGACCUGAAGUAGACGUUUGGUCCUGCGGAGUAAUUCUUUAUGCUUUACUUUGCGGUACUUUACCCUUCGAUGAUGAACAUGUUCCUAGUCUUUUUAGAAAAAUUAAAUCCGGAAUAUUUCCUAUACCAGAUUAUUUGAACAAAAAUGUAGUAAAUUUGCUUUGUUCGAUGUUGCAAAUCGAUCCUAUGAAAAGAGCGAGCAUUGAAGAUACCAAAAAACAUGAUUGGUUCCUAAAAGAUUGUCCAGCUUAUUUGUUUCCAUCGCCUGUCGAACAGGAUUCUUCAGUUAUUGACACUGAUGCGGUAAAAGAGGUAUGUGACAAAUUUGGUGUUCAAGAUCCCGAAGUGCACAGCGCUUUGCUCAGUGGCGAUCCGCACGAUCAACUCGCAAUCGCUUAUCAUCUUAUAAUUGAUAAUAAGCGCAUCGCAGAUGAAGCUGCGAAAGCGGAACUCAAAGAUUUCUAUGUGGCCGCUAGUCCACCUCCGGUUAGCCCAAGUCCUGUACCUCAUGAUUCUAGUAACAGUCCCAUGAAACCGCAUCCUGAAAGGAUUGCUCCGAAUAGGCCUUGGCCUCCUACUACUACGACGUCUACGGUCGGUGAACGAGCCAAAGUAAAACGAGCCAAAUGGCACUUAGGCAUUCGCUCUCAAAGUAAACCGAACGACAUCAUGAUGGAAGUUUAUAGAGCAAUGAAGGCCUUAGAUUAUGAAUGGAAAGUUAUCAAUCCGUAUCAUAUUCGUGUCAGACACGACAACAAAUUACAAAAUAGACAUGUGAUGAUGUCAUUACAACUAUACCAGGUUGAUUAUAAGAGUUACCUACUGGAUUUCAAGAGUCUAGUCAACGAAGAUUCCGAAUCCAAUAUCGGUACAAUUUUAAUGGAAGCCAUUGCAACGCCUAUUCAAGCAGUGGCGCCUGGAAGUAAUAAACCGACAGGUCAUCAUACUAUGGAAUUUUUUGAAAUGUGCUCUGCUCUUAUUAUUCAGCUGGCUCGAUAAACGUACUAUCAAGGGUUGCAUGAAAAGUUUUAAAAUAAAAUUAUUAAGCUUAAAAAAAAUGUUUGUAAUUAAAUUUUUAGUGUACUAUUAAUUGUUGGUCCUUCAAUUUUAAUUUUAUCCAAAAUAACAGGUAAGCAUAGAGGAUUUAUCAAAAAUAAAACUAACAAAAUUAGCUAUUGUUACGAAAAUUUCAAUCAUAAACAAUACUCGUUUACAAAGUGAUUUCCAAUAAAAUAAACUAUAUAUCACUCAUUUGCCAGAAUAACGACACAAUUCAAAAAAUUUCAAUUCUUGAAUUUAUUAAUGCACCUUGUAACAAAUUUUCAAUGGUAGGUUCUAUAAUUAUCAUUGUUUCUGUAUAAAGAAGUUACUUUUUAUGUUAAUGCAAUGAUCUUAAAAUUGAUAAUUUUUGAAUUGUGUCAGUAUUCUUGCAAAUCGGAAUAUGUUACUUUUAUUUAGAACAAAAAUACUAAAUUUUUAUUAUUAAUCAUUCAAACUUAGUUUCUGUUUGCGAGGUUUAAGUUACCAAAUUAAAUGAUUGUGUUUGUAGAUAAAAUAUGAUUUAAUUAUUGAAAAUAAUAUGAUUAUUAUUGUUAUUGUUUGAUUGUACUUAAUUUAAUUUGAAAAAAAUACAGGUUUAAAAAUA